UUAACGCUAGUCUGAACCAAAAUCCUCGUACGAUCGACAUUCGACAGGGGUUCAUUUUGUGACUUCUGGCUCAACCAAAAUAUAACAAAAACAAAGAAGUUGAAGAACAUUAACCAAAGCGGAUUUGUUCGUAAUUUCUGCAAUAAUUCCGAUACACCUCUCCGAUGAACUGGGUUGAACAAUCUGACAAAUAUGAGAGUAAUCGCCCUUGCUUUAGGGCGUUCGGUCACUGCGGCAUUUCAUCGAACACUUGGUGUGCCUCUGAAAAUGAGCAACAGAGUAGCUGCAUUUGCAUAUUGCACUCAAACAACCAGUGAGAAAUCUGAAUUGGGUUUGAAAAAUUCAAGCUCUAAUGGCGAAGAAGCACUAAAGAUGUUAUCUUUAAGAAUAGAGAGGCUACCAAGAGGAGAAUCUAUUGGGUAUGUGUUUCAGAGGUGGAUGGGUGAAGGUUUUCCUGUUCAUAGGGGUGAUAUUUUCCAUUCCAUCAACCGUUUGAGGAAGCUCAAAUUGGAUAGACGUGCUCUAGAGGUAAUGGAGUGGGUGAUUAGAGAGAAGCCAUAUAGGCCAAAGGAGUUAGAUUAUUCAUAUCUGCUGGAAUUUACCAUUAAACUUCACGGUAUAUCACAUGGUGAGAGACUGUUCACUAAUGUUCCUAUCGAAUUCCAGAACGAUUUGUUGUACAACAAUCUUGUAAUUGCAUGCUUGGAUAAAGGAGUGGUCAGGCUUUCAUUAGAGUACAUGAAGAAAAUGAGAGAAUUGGGACAUCCUAUCUCUCAUUUGGUCUUCAACCGUCUCAUAAUUCUUCAUUCCUCCCCUAGGCGUAGGAAAAUGAUCCCCAAAAUUCUCGCCCAAAUGAGGGCCGAUAAGGUUGCUCGUCAUGUCUCAACUUUCAACAUUCUUUUGAAGAUUGAAGCUAAUGACCAUAACAUAGAAGGACUGAUGAAAGUUUUUGGGGAUAUGAAGCGGGCAAACAUCGAACCAAAUGAAGUUACAUACUGCAUUCUAGCGACUGCACAUGCAGUUGCAAAGCUGUAUUGUGGAUGUGAGACAUAUGUGGAGGCUAUUGAGAAGUCGAAAACAGGCAAUAAUUGGUCAACGUUUGAUGUGCUCAUCAUUUUGUAUGGAUACUUAGGAAAGGCAAAGGAGGUAGAUCGAAUUUGGAGCAUUGUGCAAGGUUUCCCUCAUGUUAGGUCAAAGAGCUAUUUGCUGGCAAUUGAGGCAUUUGGUAGAAUGGGACAGCUGAAUCGCGCUGAGCAACUUUGGGAUGAAUGUAAGCCCAGAGAAGGUAUGAAAUCAACUGAACAUUAUAACUCCAUGGUAUCUGUUUAUAGCAGGAAUGGAUUUAUUGAUAAGGUUUCAGGUCUUUUUAAAGAAAUGAAUAUGAAUGGAAGCAAACCUAACGCGAUAACCUAUAGACAUCUUGCUUUGGGUUGCCUAAAAGCUGGAUUGAUCAAGGAAGCAUUGAGGACCAUAGAAAUGGGGUUAAAACAAAUCACAAGCAGCAAAGUGAAAAAAUCAACCCCAUGGUUGGAGACUACCUUGUCCAUUCUUGAGAUGUUUGCAGACAACGGAGAUGUAGAGAUUGCAGAGAAUCUGUUCGAAGAACUUAAGCAAGCAAACUAUACUAGGUAUGCAUUUGUGUACAAUAGUUUAAUAAAAGCUUAUGUUCGGGCUAAGUUCUAUAAUCCAAACCUUUUAAGGAGGAUGAUUCUCGGAGGGGCUAGGCCAGAUGCUGAGACCUACAGCUUGAUUAAGCUUGUUGAACAGUUUAGAACUUGAGUGGAAAAAUUCUGCAUUUCACCCCCAGCCCCUUAUUUGAAUCAAGCUAUAAAAUCAAGAUUGUAGUCACAUGUUAUUGAACAUCUUUAGGUGAAUGUUUAGAAUUGUGUGCAUAAUUCACUAAUUUUAAGUUGUAAGUUGAAUUACUUGUGGGUUUUGUUUCUUUUUAUCCUAAUUCAUGCUUCAUAAA